CAAACCACCCACUUUUACUUUGUACGGUUCACAGUGAGUGAGUCACGAGAAGUUCAGUGUCCAGGAGACAGACGCUGAGGAGCGGGAGGACACGGACCACCUACCCGGAGGACUCCUCUCAACAACCGGACGUUGCACUCGUAUCAUGCCCAGGCUCCACUUGUGUUAGCCCGGGUUCCCCCUGUGCUCGCCGGGCUCCCGCUCUCUCAGCCCGGACUCUGCUCGCAGAAGAACCGCUGUGGCUGUUAGCAGUGUUAGCCGCUAACUCCCGAAGGUAACGUGCUAAUAAGCGCGAGUGAAGUGAAGAAGUCGCGCUGAGGCUAACGGAGACAAGGCUGCUCUGCGGGGACACCGGGUGGGACAUUUCUGUCCUUUCUUUUUAACCACCGGGGCGGGUGUGGAUAAACCCGGCGGCGGCUGCGUCGCUGUGCUCCCCGCUGUGUCGCGGUGUUUCCCGCUGCCCGUUAGCAGCGGCUGUUAGCCUGUUAGCCUGACAGAAGCUAAGACACCAUCAUCACUGAGGUGUUUUCCACACUUUGGCGGCGGCAGCAGCAGCAGCAGCAGCAGCAGCAGCAGCAGCAGAGCAUGCAGGAGGAGGAAACACCCCAGAUAAGGAGAUAGGACAGGAGAGGGGGGCGUCGACUUAAACUGGACUGUGUGGUUUUGUCAAACCACCGAACAGGGAUUACUUUUGGUCGCAAAGAGAACGUGAACGAUGAAGAAAUUUUCCAGAAUGCCAAAGUCGGAGAGUGGCGGGCUCGGAGCGGCGUCAAGCAGCGGAGUCAGCGGCUUUCUCGGGAGAGUGUUCGCCGUUGGCCGAUAUCAAGUCACUGUGGAGGAGCUCAUUGCAGAAGGAGGCUUCUCUGUGGUGUUUCUGGCCCGGACACACAGCGGCGUCCGCUGCGCUCUCAAGAGGAUGUACGUCAACAACGUCACCGACCUGAGCGUCUACAAGAGGGAGAUCACCAUCAUGAAGGAACUGUCAGGACAUAAGAACAUUGUGGGAUAUUUGGACUCAGUCAUCAGCGUGGUGUCAGACAGUGUGUGGGAGGUUCUGAUCCUCAUGGAAUAUUGUAAAGCGGGUCAGGUGGUGAAGCAGAUGAACCAGCGUCUGAACGUGGGCUUCAGUGAGUCCGAGGUUCUCCACAUCUUCUGUGACGCCUGUGAGGCCGUGGCUCGUCUUCACCAGUGCAAGACACCCAUCAUCCACAGAGACCUGAAGGUUGAAAACAUCCUGUUGAACGACCAGGGGAAUUACGUGCUGUGUGACUUUGGCAGUGCCACUCACAAAGUUCUGCUGCCUCAUAAAGACGGAGUCACUGCUGUGGAGGACGAGAUUAAGAAGUACACUACUCUGUCAUAUCGAGCACCAGAGAUGAUCAACUUGUAUGCAGGGAAAGCCAUCACCACUAAAGCCGAUAUAUGGGCACUCGGAUGCUUGUUGUACAAGCUGUGUUUCUUCACUCUUCCGUUCGGGGAGAGUCAAGUCGCCAUAUGUGACGGAACCUUUAUUGUUCCUGACAACUCUAGAUUCUCCCUCAAGUUGCACUGUUUGAUCAGAUUUAUGCUGGAACCAGACCAGGAGAAUAGACCAGACAUUUACCAAGUUUCCUACUUUGCCUUUAAGUUUGCAGGGAAAGACUGUCCAGUGCCAAAUCUCUGUAAGUCGAUCAUUCCCACGUCUCUGCCUGAGCCUCUAACAGCCAGUGAGGUCGCUGCCAAGAAAAGCAUCACAAAAGCCAGGAUCACGGAGUGUGUCGGACCGACGGAGACGUCCAUCGCUCCUCGACAGAGGCCGAAGGCGGCCAACAGUAACGUGCUGCCGCUCGCCAACGCCGUCACCCCCGUGAAGAUGAGCGUGCCUUCAGCGCCGCUCAGCAACGGACAGAAAGCUCCGCCCCCGGGCUCAGUGCAGCCACAGUCGCAGCUGCAGCUGCAGCCUGGCAGUCAGCAGCACCGUGUCCUGCAGCAGCUUCAGCCUGGAGAUCUGCGUCUGCAGCAGCUACAACAUCAACAAGCCGUGCAGCAGCAUCAGCAUCAGCAUCAGCAUCAGCAGCAGCAGCAGCAGCAGCAGCAGCAGCAGCAGCAGCAUGCUAAUGCACAGCAUCUGCACUACCUGCAGUACCAGCAGGCCGUGCAGCAGCAGCAGCAGCAGCAGCAGCAGCAGCAGCAGCAGCAGCAGAUGAUGAUGAUGAUGCAGCCCAUGUACCAGCAGCAGGUGGCUCAGGCUCAGGCUCAGGCUCAGGCUCAGGCUCAGGCUCAGGCUCAGGCUCAGGCCCAGUACGCAGCAAUGCUGCACCAGUACCACCAAGCUUUUGUCCACCAACAACAACAACAACAACAGCAGCAGCAGCAGCAGCUCCAUCAUCAUCAGCAGCAGCAGCUUCAGCAGCAGCAGCAGCAGCAGCUUCAUCAUCAUCAUCAGCAGCAGCAGCAACAGCAGCAGCUUCAUCAGCAGCAGCAGCAGCAGCAGCCGCCUCUCCCCUACAUGUCCUCCCCUCUUGAGUUCCAGAUUCCCCUCGGCUCUUAUAACACGACCACACCCUCUGCCGGACCUGGGCCUGGAUCUAGAGCAGGUUGUGGUCUCUCACCUGUGGAUCCUUCACACACUAACAGCAGUAGACUCCCCCUGCUGGCCUCAGACGGGAUGACUCCUCCCUCUCAGAGCUGCACCGUCAGUCACCCCCCCGACAUGUCGGGCUGGAACCCGUUUGGAGAAGACAACUUCUCCAAGCUGACGGAGGAGGAGCUGAUCGACCGCGAGUUUGACCUGCUCAGAGCGAAUAAACCGGUGGAGAGAACAGCGAGCGUGGAAACGGAGCGACUACAGCCCGCCCUCGUCGCCACUAAGCCCCUCCCACCCGAGGAUCUGUUUGGCUCAGUCCCGUUCGUGUCCAGCGCAGGCUCCAGUUUGAUGAAAAGCAAACAAACAAACAUCGAUGACGUCACUGAUGACGUCGUCACCGUCUCUGAUCUUCAGCUUCCUGCGGUGAAGCAGAUCAAAGACGGUCGAGUGGACGAAGGGUCCGACAGCGACUUUGACUCUGAUCCUCCGUCGCUGAAGAGCAGCGAGGACGAGGAGGAGGAGGAGGAGGAGGAGGAAGAGGGGGAGGAGCUUCUGACCUGUGAACACGGAGAAGAUAGAGAAGCGGACAAUCUGGGUCAGAACCCACUGCUCACGGAUUCUGACGAGGAAGACGACGACGACGUCAGAGUCCAGAGUCGACAAAAGAAAUCUGUCACCGGCAGGAGGAGCCCUCCAGCUGACUCCUCCCCCUCCACUCUCAUCACUCCUCUUCCUAACGCUGUGGAGGCAGUGGAUGUUUUUAGAUCCGCCCCUUUUCAUGGAGGAAUCGAACCUGUGGGGGUAAUUUCCACACAGGUGAGCCCCGAACAACAACCACAUCGCCGCCGCGUCGCCACGGACAACUUUGACGUUUUUACCAAAGCGCCGUUCAGUCAUCACCUGUCCAAGAGCAGCAGUGACGUCCCCCUGGGCCAGACUCCUCCCCUCUCUCUGGAGCAGAGCAUUGACAUGUUCGGCUUCUCUCCCUUCGAGCCGCCGGGCUCUACGGCGCCCCCUCCUGUCACCUCCAGAAGUGCCAACGACAUCUUCCGUCCGCCGUUGGACGAGUCGGCGAGUUGUCAGCCGCAGCCGCCGCAUCACAAGCAGCUUAGUCUCCACAAACUGUCUUCACGUCAGAAAAAGACCCGGCAGGACGCCGCCGCCGCCGGCAGCAAGCGACACCACGGUACGCCCACCGGGGGGCGCAAGACCAACAAGCCCACGUACCGCACGCCAGAGCGAGUCCGCCGGCACAAGAAGGUCGGACGCAGAGACUCGCAGAGCAGCAACGAGUUCCUGAGCGCGUCCGACUCCAAAGAGAACAUCGGCGUGGACGUCACCAUGGCGACGUCUGUGGCGGCAGACGACGCCAUCUUAGAUCCGUUUGGGGCGAAACCGUUUCACCUGCAGGACGUUUGUCGUCAUCACGGCGCCGGAGACGGGAUGAGUCUGAGAGAGAGUGAGACCAUGGACGACUUUGGGGCGGUGCCUUUCACCGACCUCGUCGUCCACACAGGAUCGGAGCAGCAGGGGGCGCCGUCACAGCCACUGGACCCGGAUCCGUUCGGCGCCGCCCCCUUUCCCACCAAACACUGACUUUCACCUGAGGCUGAAAAGAAUCAAACCACUUCUCAGGUUUGUUUUUUUUUUUUUUCUGUGAAACUGUGACGCGAUGACUUUUUUUUGAGAGAAAAAACCUAAACCCUGUGGACGUGUGAGCGCCCCCUGUGUGCUGAUGCCUGUAAUGCUGCAACAAACCAGAAACACUCUGUGAACUGUACUGUGAUUACAAACUUAGGAGAGUACCUGAACUCUCCCUUUAACACGCCACUUUCUAGAUAGUGUUGUUUUUAACCGCGACGCCUUGACCUGAGCUCCUCCCCUCCACUUUUUUUUUCUAUGCAUUUCAGUUGCAGUCGUUGCCGUGAAAACAUGAGGAUGUUGUGAAUGAAUGUUGUUUUUCUUCUUUAAAAACUUUGAUAAAUACAACUCAACACUUUCUCCCGUCAAAAAUAGAAUAGUCGAUCAAUUUAUUCCGUUUCAUCGUUCUUUAAAAACAUUUUAACAUUAAAUAAAAAGUCAUACACUU